GAGGACACCAACAUGAAAAAGUUGAAAUCAUCACAGAAGGAUAAAGUUCGUCAGUUUAUGAUCUUUACACAAUCUAGUGAAAAAACAGCAGUAAGUUGUCUGUCUCAAAAUGACUGGAAGUUAGAUGUUGCAACAGACAAUUUUUUUCAAAAUCCUGAACUUUAUAUACGAGAGAGUGUAAAAGCAUCACUGGACAGGAAGAAGUUAGAACAACUCUACAAUAGAUAAAAAGAUCCUCAAGAUGAAAAUAAAAUUGGAAUAGAUGGUAUACAGCAGUUCUGUGAUGACCUGGCACUCAACCCAGCCAGCAUCAGUGUGUUGAUCAUCGCUUGGAACUUCAGAGCAGCGACACAGUGUGAGUUCUCCAGACAGGAGUUUAUGGACGGCAUGACUGAAUUAGGGUGUGACAGCAUAGAAAAACUAAAAUCCCAGAUACCCAAGAUGGAACAAGAAUUGAAAGAACCAGGACGAUUUAAAGACUUUUACCAGUUUACCUUUAAUUUUGCAAAGAACCCAGGACAAAAAGGAUUAGAUCUAAAAAUGGCCAUUGCCUACUGGAAUUUAGUGCUUAAUGGAAGAUUUAAAUUCUUAGACUUAUGGAAUAAAUUUUUGUUGGAGCAUCAUAAACGUUCAAUACCAAAAGAUACUUGGAAUCUUCUUUUAGACUUCAGUACAAUGGUUGCAGAUGACAUGUCUAACUAUGAUGAAGAAGGAGCAUGGCCUGUACUUAUUGAUGACUUUGUGGAAUUUGCACGUCCUCAAAUUGCUGGGACAAAAAGUACAACAGUGUAGCACUAAAGGAACCUUCUAGUAUGUACAUAGUCUGUACAAUAAAUUCAAUGGAAAAUUGCACAAUUUCUGCUGGCUGGACUGAACUGAAGAUCAAUCCUCACAAUUCAGACUGAGGGUUGAGACAAAACUUUAAGGCUACAUCUUGGACCAUAUCAUAUUUCAUUCUUCUAAUGGUGGUUUGGGCUUGUCUUCUAGUCUGGGCCACUCUUAACAUAUAUAAUUCCAACAUUGUGGAUUUCAUCUUAUUAUCUGUGGGCCAUCAUAGUUUAUUCUCCCAUAAGUCUUAGAAGCUUUAUGGUGAUUAUUUUGAGAUUUCCAUCCUUGUUUAAAGCACAAUGCUGUCUUCAUCAGAAGACAGUUUGGCAUAAUAAUUAAACAUGAACAUCACAAUUAUAAAAACUUCUUAAAGAUAUGCUUUGGGCUAGUUGCAAAAACUAUGCUGAUAGCACUUCCAUGAGAGUGAUAUAUUUAAGUGUACUGGAUCUGAAUGGUUUGG